UCCGCCCCGCUCCGCCACCGCCUCCCCGCGCGGCGCCGCUCGGGCCAUUUUGCGGCGCGAUGAGGCGGGAGCGGCGGUGAGCAGCGCUCGGCCCCGUCCCGCUCUUCUCCGCACCCCCCCCCCCUCCCUUCCCUCCCCUCCUCCUCGGUUCGCCCCGCCGGGACCCGGCCCUCCGUGUGCGGGGAGCGAAGGGGAAGGAUAAACCCAAGGGGGACGAGAGACAGACCCCCCCCGCCCGCCCCUCAGCGCCGGCCCUCGGCGGCGCGGCGGAGCCAUGAGCUGGGGCACGGAGCUGUGGGACCAGUUUGACAACUUAGAAAAACACACGCAAUGGGGUAUUGAAGUUCUGGAAAAGUACAUCAAGUUUGUAAAAGAAAGAACAGAGAUUGAACUCAGCUAUGCAAAGCAGCUUAGGAAUCUUUCAAAGAAAUACCAACCCAAAAAGAACUCCAAAGAAGAGGAAGAAUACAGGUACACAUCAACUAGAGCCUUCCUAGCCACUUUAAAUGAAAUGAAUGACUAUGCCGGACAGCAUGAGGUCAUUUCAGAGAACAUGACCUCUCUUAUCACUGGAGAGUUAACACGCUAUGUGCAGGAGCUGAAACAAGAGAGGAAAUCGCACUUCCAUGAUGGCAGAAAGGCACAACAACAUAUUGAAACUUGCUGGAAACAACUUGAAGCAAGUAAAAGGCGGUUUGAACGUGAUUGCAAAGAAGCUGAUCGAGCACAGCAGUAUUUUGAGAAAAUGGAUGCUGACAUCAAUGUUACAAAAGCAGAUGUUGAAAAGGCAAGACAGCAAGCCCAGCUGAGACAUCAAAUGGCAGAAGACAGCAAAGCAGAGUAUUCUUCCACUCUACAGAAGUUCAACAGUGAGCAGCAUGAUCAUUACUACACACACAUACCGAACAUCUUCCAGAAAAUACAAGAGAUGGAGGAAAGAAGAAUUGUGAGGAUAGGUGAAUCCAUGAAAACUUUCGCAGAGGUCGACCGCCAAGUGAUCCCUAUCAUUGGAAAGUGUCUGGAUGAAAUAACAAAGGCUGCAGAAUCAGUUGAUCACAAGAAUGAUUCGCAGAUGGUAAUAGAAGCCUUUAAAUCAGGGUUUGAGCCUCCAGGAGAUAUCGACUUUGAGGAUUUCACGCAGCCGAUGAAGCGGACUGUCUCGGAAUCCAGCCUUUCCAACUCCAGAGCGGAUGGGAAGUCUGAGCCGAAGUUUGGCGGCAAGUCCAAGGGCAAGUUAUGGCCAUUCAUCAAGAAAAAUAAGCUUAUGUCCCUUUUAACAUCCCCCCAUCAGCCCCCUCCUCCUCCCCCUGCCUCUGCCUCACCCUCUGCUGUUCCCAACGGCCCCCAGUCUCCCAAGCAGCAAAAGGAACCCCUCUCCCAUCGCUUCAACGAGUUCAUGACCUCCAAACCCAAAAUCCACUGCUUCAGGAGCCUAAAGCGCGGGCAGACACAGUCUUUGUAUAUUCACAAAGAACUCAUGAAGAGGACUUUAGGGACACCCACGUGUGCCUUUGAGGCUAGGGAAUAUGUUCUUUCUCUCAAGCUGAUAACUCUGAAUACACAGGUCUGGAGUCUAAUAGAGGGAGCAGGCCCAGAAGACUUCAGCAAUCUCCCACCUGAGCAGAGAAGAAAGAAACUUCAGCAAAAAGUCGAUGAACUAAACAAAGACAUUCAGAAGGAGAUGGAUCAAAGAGAUGCCUUAACGAAAAUGAAAGAUGUGUAUAUCAAGAACCCACAGAUGGGAGAUGCAGCGAGUGUGGACCACAGAUUAGCAGAACUUGGACAGAACAUUGAAAAGUUACGACUAGAAGUUCAGAAGUUUGAGGGCUGGCUGGCAGAGGUGGAGGGCCGGUUGCCCACGCGGACGGAGCAGGCCCGGCGGCAGAGCGGGCUCUAUGAAGCCCAGAACCCUUCAGCAGUGAACAGCUGUGCGCAGGACCGGGAGAGCAGCCCAGAUGGCAGUUACACAGAAGAGCAAAGUCAGGAGACUGAGAUGAAAGUACCUGCAACGGAUUUUGAUGAUGAAUUUGAUGAUGAAGAACCACUACCCACCAUAGGAACAUGUAAAGCGCUCUAUACAUUUGAAGGUCAGAAUGAAGGAACAAUUUCUGUAGCAGAAGGAGAAAUGCUCUAUGUAAUAGAAGAAGACAAAGGCGAUGGGUGGACACGAAUCCGAAGGAAUGAAGAUGAGGAGGGCUAUGUCCCUACGUCGUAUGUUGAAGUCUAUUUGGACAAAAAUGCCAAAGAUUCCUAAAGGUGUUUGUGCUGGUGCAAGAACCUCGGGGCGAGCUUGUCACAGAAGGAGAAACAAAAUGGUCUGUUUACCCUGCAGGCAGAUAAAACACACCCGUGGAAAGCCAGACUCCCGGUCUUGUCUGGAGUUCCCACUUGAAAAAUUCACACCUAAAUUCCAUCCCAGUACCAUUCAGAUGCUUGCUCUUUUUCACGGCAUGCUACUUGUGGCUCAGAUUAACUUAUCAGCCUUCCCCACUCUUCUGCCAGCUUGGCACAUCACCAACACUUCCCCCCCUACCCGGUUCCUCCCAACACUGGUCAGAGAACUGCUGGCUGCCCCUUGAUGCAGAGGGUAACCAGAGGGUCCCACGCAUGUGCUGGUCUGUCUUCUGCCCUCCCUCGUCCCUCAGCCCAUCUGAAUGCAGGCACUAGCCCAUCAGCAUUUCACACGGUGCCUUUAGUGCUAAUCCUGCAGGAAGCCUCAUCGAGCGGCCUGGCAGGGGGGUGCGUACUCCUGGAAAGCCUCCCCUGGGAACGGCGUGACAGCAGCUGGACUGGGCUCUGAAUUUGCAGAUACUAGAUUUGAUCCACAUGCAUUAGUUAAUAUUCUGCUUUCCCCAAAAGGUCACUAAUACUUGUCAGCCCUUAUUUUUUUUUUUUAAAUUUAGGCUGAUGCUCAUUCCAACUAUUAAAUCCCUCUGACCUUGCUGUUUCCUGAAAGCCUCCACGCUCACGUAUGUACGCUUGCUUUCCUGCUCGCUCUCUCUGACCCCUCCUCUUUAUCCCCCCCCCUCUUUCUCACGCACACACACAGACACACACAGACAGACACUGGCCUUUUGGUUUGAAGCCCCGUUUUGCUCGUCACAAGGACCUCCGUUUUGCUCUCGUUUCAGUCUGCAUGCUCGCCCUGUUGCCUUGCCUGCGCCCACCUUCCCGCGGGCCACGUUAUUUUGUGGCUCCUUGUUGUUAAUCUCUUUGCAGUUUUCUUUUGUUGGUUUGGUUUUCAGCAUUUCAGACCUGCCUUCUCCUUUUGCAUGACCUCUUGUGCGUUCUUAUCAGUUAAUGUUUGAAUAACAGCAUUUUUUUAGAAAAAUAAAAGAGAAAAGGAAAAAAGAAACCGCACUCUAUUUCGUUCUCCCACCUUGUUAUGGACUGGACCUGGACCCAGAAGCCAGACAGGAAUUGUGACCAUCCUGUUCUCACGUGGUUUUAUUUGAAGCAGAAGUAGCACGAUAAGUGAUGCUGCACUUUAUCAUGUCAUGCAGCGGAGAGAGAGCUGUAACGUCUCCAAAUAUCACAUGAUCUGGACCUCAAGUGCUUUCUAGACUUCUACAAUAGAACUUCUGGUUUCCCUUGAAUUUUUACCAUUGCUAGGAUCUUACAGUCCUUCCCGUGCACAUUUGAGCCCCGUAGAGUCAGUUGCUACUCAGUAGCUCCUGAGGGCCUAAUUUAUUCAUAGAGCAACACGCCAUUCGGGGGAAUCUACUUGCUCUUGCUGAACUUCAGCGUGUUUUGUCAAAUCCCCAGAAUUUGAGAAGACCCCUCCGGAAGCUGCUGCCGGCAGUGACCCUAAAACGAAACCUCUGGGGUUUAGGUUGCAGCCAAAGGCGCGCGCCCUUGUGCUGCCUGCGGCGCUGCCGUGCCGGCUCAGCGCGUGGAAGCGCGUCCAGGAGUCGUGUGCUCUCCCUGUGGGGGACCGCCGGCAGCGGCCCCGCUCAGGAUGAAGUGAUUUUUUUUUCCAGUCGGGUUCCGUGUGGUGUUCAUAACUCCAGCCCUUUCUCUCCAGUCAGGAUGCCGACUUUUCUUUUUAACAGCACCAAGUCGCUCGGUCCUGCCGCUAGUACUGUAGCUGUUGUAUUCCGGUGCUUCGUAUCGGCCAAGCAGCAACCAGCAAAAGGUUGUGGGUUUUUAAUUCCCAUUCACGUGGCUCGGGAGCCUGCACUGAGCAGCAGGCGAUUCCGACGCUGGGGCUGUUCGGCGGCCGGGGGGGGGGGGGGGGGUCACAGUCGAUUAAAUCACCGUCCCUGUCAUUGCUGCUGCUGCUGCCGUCACUGACCCGGUCGGAGCCGCGAGCCUCCGGCAGCAGAACGUGACCCGCAGGGUUGGCACCUGCGGAGGCUUCGCCUCCAUCUGUCGGGGCACCCCAGUGGUUAAGCAGUUACCGGGCGUGCGAAAGUAUCUCUACAAUAUUUUUAGCUGCGGUAUUUUUAUUCUUGUGUCCAAUGCACUGUUGAAUGAGCAGCUAGAAGAAUUCGUUUUCACCUAUUGUUGUGCCAUCUGUGUAAAAAUUAGAUAAAAGUUUGCUUUUAUAUAUUUAAUCCAGGUGGACAGUAUAUUAUUGUCAGCCUCUGUGGAACAUUUGAACAAUUGCAAUGUCUGUGUUGCUAAAUAGAGCUUUAGAAGGAGCAUUAGCUUUAGCUGACUGAUUUUCUUCAAAAGUUUUACUAAAAGACCAUGUAUGGAGUUUUUAUAAACUUGGCAAUUAGUUCCUGAAAGCCCGAAUCUUAAAACUUACUGCAAGAAAAAAAACCAGCGACGGUCACGUGUUGUAGCCUACACGUUUAUUCCGCUGCCUUUAUUCAGGGCAACGAAUGAGUCAUUUUUGUAGAAUUUACCUUUUGCAAAAUCUGAAGAACUAAAUAUGUGACAGGUUUAUAAAAACUCUGCUUGACUUUACUAAUCUUGCCCAGAAGCAUGGACUGUACAGCCUGCGAAAUCCCAUUAUCCUCAGCAAAAGUCUCUAAUGCCCUUUCUUAACACCUGUAAAUAGAGAAGAAACAUAUUUACUGAAAGUUGUGUUUAAUGCUGAGUAUUUUUCAGAAGUUCAUUUAGUUUGAUGCAUAUUGUUCUUUGUUUUUUGUUUCCCUGCCUGAAGUGUCAAAAGACCUAAAAGAAGCCAAAUUCUAUUUUAACAUGAUGCUGUUGAGCACUUUUUUAUUUGUAUAUGUGUGUGUAUGUGUGUUUGAGCACUGAUCUCUAGAUUUUGGUGGCAUCUCCGUGUUGUGAUUUCAUUGCCAAUGUAAAAGGUUCUGGUGUUGCCCGUUCAUUUCUGGAGACAGAAUUCAACCAAAUAAAGUGCUUCCAUUUGAAAGCGAAUAUUGACCUUGUAACAAUGAAAGGAAAGUCAUCCACAUAUUUAAAUAAACAUUUAAUUCCAGAAA